AUGAAGAACGCAAAUAGAAUAGUGGAAACGCUGAGGGCAGAUCCGCAGGCAGGAUUGGCGGAGCUGGAGCGUCGGCUGGGGCCAGCGGGAAGCGUGCUUGCUGGUCCAGAAGAGCCAAUAGGUCCCGAGGACUGGCAAGUCGUUACUGACGAGCUUCUGGAGAUGCUGGCCGUGCCAGAGACGCGAUGGACGUGGUUCCGCCCGACAGAACCGUGCGAGCAGAAAACCUCACGCCUGCACAAACAGGUGCAACUGCAGGCUUUGCGGCUGGCGCUACAGUCCACCUCAGGGUACGACCGUCUCAAGCUGCUAGACAAAGUCUCGCUCUACUACGACGAGCGCCAUCCGUGGUCGUCCCAGGAGUCUGCCGAGGCCGUGCGCGACAUCCUGCGUCGGGUGGACCCCUCCAAAGACGAGAUAUACUCGCUCAUGGACGGCUACGUGCCCAUGUUACGCGAGUUUGGCAAGGCCAGCCAGCAGCACACAAAAGUGUCUGCUCGUGGGUAUAGAAAGUCGCAAAACGCGGCCGACGUGUUCAGAGACACGCCGCUCGUGGGCCGCGGCCCCGUGGGCGAGGACGACCGGAUCAGAGCAAAGUAUAUGGCGAGAAUAGGCAGUGCUCCGGACGGUGGUGGCAAAGGUGAAUACGCCGCCAAGUGCGAAAAACAUCAUUGCGCGAAGCAGCGUGGCAGGCCUGCUGCUGGACGCGAUUGCGCCGUGUUUGCUGGCGCUGCCGACGCUGACGCCGGCAGCAGAGUCGCGGACGGUGCUGCCGACGGCAUACGCGGCGGCGAUAGCCGUGCUGACGGCCUCGACGGACGCCCCAGACGAGCUCGAGAAACAGAUCGCGUGGCUGCUCGUGGACUACGCGCUGCCGGGCGUGGCGCGCGCGGGCGAGUACCCGGACGUGUGCGGCGCGCUGCUGGGCGUGGUGGCGACGGACCUGCUGCCCAAACUGGGGCCGUUCGCCGCCGUGGUGGCCAAGCAGACGUGCUACGGCGUGCUCGAGCUGCUGCGAAACCCGUACACCGCGUUCUCGCCGCCGACGAUCGACGCGGCGGUCGACGUGCUGGGGCAGCUGGCAGCAGGGCCCCGCGGGCUGGCGAGCGUGCGGUACGACGUGCUGGCGUGUCUUCUGAAGGUGGCGCAGCGGCUGCACAAGUACGACGUCCGCGGCGCCGACGGCGUGCGGGCAAAGGUCGCGCGGUUCGCGGUGCAGCUCGCCCCUACACAACAAGAAAGAGACCGCGUACAAAAUUUUCUUCUCCACCUGGCACAGUGAAGACAAGACGGAUGCCCAAGUUUCUGACUCAAUCGCGCGAGGCGCUGCGCGAGAAGUACGUGGAGAUCAACCGGCGCGAGAAGAGCCGGCUGGUGGACACGAUGCGGCACCGGGGCCAGUCGGCGUGGGCGCACGAGGCCGGCGCGCGCAACAGGGACCGCAACCGGUACAGCGACGUGUUGCCGUUCGACAAGAACCGCGUGCGGCUGCGCAGCGGCGACAACGACUACAUCAACGCGUCGUGGAUCGAGCUGACGUGUGGCGACGGCGUGGGGCGGUACAUAGCGGCCCAGGGCCCGACGGCGGCGACGUGGCGGCACUUCUGGCAGAUGUGUUUCGAGCAGUGUGCGCAGGAGGUGGUGAUUGUGAUGCUGACGCCGCUGGUCGAAGGCGGGCGCGAAAAAUGCUACAAGUACUGGUCGGAAAAGGAUUUCCGCGCCGGGGACGGGCUGGUGGCGGAAUUUGGGGGCGCGCGCGAGAGCGAGGGCGGGCAUUUCACGGCGCGGCACUGGACGCUGCGGGACGAGGCGAGCGGGGCGGUGCGGCCGGUGACGCAGUACCAGUUCCACGAGUGGGCGGACUUCAGCGCGCCCGAGCAGGCGGCGUCGCUGGUGGAGCUGAGCGGGCGCGUGCACUCGCACAAGACCGCAGACCCCGUGGUGGUGCACUGCUCGGCGGGCGUGGGGCGGUCGGGCACGUUCAUCGCGGUGGACUACUUUCUGCAGCACUGCACGGCGAGCCUGACGGCGCCCGACGCGGACGACGCGCGCGAGGACCUGAUCACGCCGGUCAACAACCACGAGGUGCGGGACCCCGUGCUGGAGAUCGUGCUGGAGCUGCGCAGCCAGCGGGUGCUGAUGGUGCAGCAGUUCGAGCAGUUUGCGUUCAUCUACGACUGCCUGCGGCAGUACUACAUCGACAGGUACCUGAACCGAACGUGA